AUGGACGAGAAAAUGAAGGAUCCCUCGGAAGCAGAAAAUGCCCUUACAGAGGAAAAGGGCGAUAUCGUCCCGUUUCGAAGGGAUACCACUCAGAGAGGCCUCAAAUCCCGACAUGCUCAGAUGAUAGCCCUUGGCGGAACAAUUGGCACAGCCCUCUUUGUAGGAUCGGGUCAAUCUCUGCACAUGGGUGGUCCAAUCUUCUUAGUCGCGGCCUAUAUCUUCCUCACGCUGUUGGUGUUCGGUAUCGUCACAGCAACGACCGAAAUGUCAUCUUACCUACCGGUUCCGGGAUGUUCGAUGGCCUAUUACGCGUCCCGCUUCCACUCCAGUAGCUUAGGAUUUGCCCUAGGCUGGCUUUAUUGUUAUGUUUUUGUUAUCGAAGUACCUGCGGAGAUCACCGCAGCUACUCUCAUCGUCCAGUAUUGGCACCCUGGGGUGCAUGUUGCGAUCUGGAUUUCUAUCUUUCUGGUCCUAAUGGUCGCCCUCAAUUGCUUUCCGGUCAAAGUUUACGGUGAAACCGAGUUCUGGUUUGCAUCUGUCAAGGUAAUGGGUAUCAUCGGCUUGCUUAUUAUGGCGGUGGUACUUAUUUUGGGCGGCGGACCAAAGCAUGAACGGCUGGGAUUCCAUUAUUGGACACAUCCAAGUCCUGUGAAUGAGUAUAUCACGACUGGAGAUUCCGGUAGACUCUGCGCAUUUAUAUCUACUACCUGCUUCUCGAUGUUUGCUUUCGCAUUCGCCCCCGAAUUGCUGGUCGUGACCGGCGGAGAGAUGCAGAAUCCUCGCCAGAACCUCCCGAAAGCGGGGAUCCGCUACUUUUAUCGUCUUGUUAUCUUUUACGUGCUCGGUGCUAUUGCUAUCAGCAUGAUUAUCCCAAGCAACAACCCCCAGCUGUUAGGGGGUGGAUCUGGUGCUGGCGCUUCUCCCUGGGCAAUCGCUGCUCGAAUCGCCGGCAUCAAAGCUCUUGAUUCCAUUAUAAACGCAAUUAUUCUGAUUUCUGCCCUCUCGUCGGGAAAUUCAUUCCUGUAUCUGGCAAGCCGUUCCCUAUAUUCGUUGGCCUUGGCAGAAAACGCGCCUCGGCUUUUCACAAAGUGCACGAAAUCCGGGGUUCCAUAUAAUGCAGUCGCUGUUUGUUCGGCCCUGUCAGGCCUUGCAUAUCUCAACAUUUCCAACACGGGAGCGAUAGUCUUCAACUGGUUCGUGAAUCUCAUCAAUACUGGCGGAUUUCAGAGUUGGAUUUGUGUGUGCAUCGUCUACCUCCGUUUCCGCAAGGCGACUGCUGUGCAAGAAGUGUCUGACUUUCCAUUUCGAUCGCGGUUUCAGCCGUAUGUGUCAUACAUUUGUGGAGUAUGUUUUACUUUGCUUCUACUUCUUAACGGCUACGCUAGCUUCCUAAGCGGCCAGUGGAAUAUUUCCAACUUCUUAACUGCCUACAUUGGUAUUCCCAUCUUCUUGGCUCUUUACUUGGGACAUCGUCUCUUUGUCAGAUCCGAGCCCUGGGUUCGUCAUGAGGAGGAAGUGGACUUGGUCUCAGGAUUACCAGAGAUCCUCGCUAGCGAGACGCCUGAGCAAAGGUCGGCAGUAAGAUGGUACCAAUUUUGGAGAGUGCUGUACGAGUAG